AUGGACCUACCUCACCCGGAAGUGCCCCUUAUGAAUGCCUUCCUGACCGGGGUAAAGAUUGAUGCAGGGGUGCUCGCUCGGACCAAGGCUACGGACUUCUCGAAUCUAGUCCAGAAGUCAGUCUUUUCUACCACCAAUGCCUUUGGGGAUAUGUACCUCACCCUAAAGAGGGCAAAGAAGGAGGUGGCCUUGGCAAGACGCCAUUCCAAGACAGCGAAGGCUGCUACUACUGAAGCUCAGGUUGCCCUUUGA